GCUAUAUUGCAGUCAAAACCUCUUGGUAGUAAGCAUGAGCUCUUUUGUAUCCUGGCCGCCGUCGCUGCAACCCGAUGAACUGGAGCACCUCACUCUCCUCGCCACAACCUACGCUCUAUCUCACUCUCUUCUCUACCUUCCUCCUCAUUCGCAUGAAUCGCCCCCACCACCCACUCCAACUUCAGCUAUUCAUGCACCAUUCUCUUUGUUUCCAACGCCGAUACCUAGAGCUCAGUUCGAUCUCGCGAAGAGGCUCCAGAAGGCUUACAAUGUCCUCUAUGCUCGUGUGGCGAUGGAUGAACAGUUCUUGGAUGAGGUGAUGGGUGAGGGCGGUGUGGCGAGUGUUGACGAGUUCACGGGAGAGUUGUGGAAGCGAUGGAAGGCAAUAAGGGUGCAAGGCAUUGUCCAGCCAUUACACCUGGGACUCUUCCGCUCUGAUUAUCUGCUACAUCAACCAUCGGAGAGCGAAGGCGCUUCUUUGGGUAUCAAGCAGGUCGAGUUCAACACCAUAUCUUCCUCAUUCGGUGCGCUCUCUCAACAGGUCUCGUCCCUACACAAUCAUCUACUUGCGGCAACGGGAUAUUUUAAUUCUUCCCCGUUGUUGAAAGCACCCAACCUACCGCCCAACGAGACUAUCGCAGGUCUGGCGAGCGGACUUGUAGAAGCGCAUAAGGCAUAUGGCGUCCCAGGAUCGUCUAUCCUCUUCGUGGUACAGCCAAAUGAGCGCAACGUUUUCGAUCAACGCCUCAUCGAAUACGAGCUCCUCGAGAAACACCAGAUCCCAGUCAUCCGCCGCACCUUCGCCGAACUCGCCACCGCCACCGUCGACCCAACCACCCGAACCCUGCACAUUCCCUCUUCCUUCUCCACCACUCCCUCUUCCACAACAGAAAUAUCAGUAGUCUACUACCGCGCCGGCUACACCCCGACCGACUACCCCGCCCCCUCCAUUUACGCCACCCGCCAACUCCUCGAAUCCUCCCUCGCCAUCCAAUGUCCCUCCCUCGCCCUCCAACUCGCAGGAGGCAAGAAAGUCCAGGAAGUCCUCACGCGGCCGGGGGUAUUGAAGCGGUAUCUGAGUGAAGAGGAGGGAGCGGGGGAAGUGAGAGCGAGUUGGAUGGAUAUGUGGGGAUUGGACGCGGAUGGUGAUACUUUACCUGACGCUCCGCCCCUCACUUCGGAGGGCGCGAAUGAACCGGAACCGGCGGGUACGAGGAACGCUAGAGCAGAGUCCGAGCAGCUCGUGCUCAAGCCUCAACGCGAGGGCGGAGGCAACAACAUCUAUCGUGCCUCGAUCCCUGCGUUCCUUUCUUCCCUUCCGGCGCAGGAACGGCCCGCGUGGAUAGCUAUGAGAUUGAUUCAGCCGCCAAGGGGCGUGGGUGGGUAUUUGGUUAGGGCUGGGGAGGGGAGCAAGGGGUUGGUGAGGAGCGAGGUCAUUAGUGAAUUGGGAAUUUAUGGGUGGGCGCUGUUUGGAAAGGUGAAUGACAAGGUGACGUUGAAGGAGAAGGAAGUGGGAUGGUUGGUCAGGACGAAGGGAGAGGGGACGGAUGAGGGAGGUGUGGCGACGGGGUUCUCGGUGCUGGAUAGUGUGGUUUUGGUCGACUGAAGGACGUGUUUGAACACAUGAGAUAUGGUGGGAUUAGAGAUGUUUGCGAUAAGAUUGUUGUAUGCUUGUGCCUGUACAGUGUAAGUUAUCCUGUUACAGUAUCAGAAAGAAGAAGUGCAGAAGAGUCUACUCAACAAAUAGAAAUGGUUAUGACAAUAUCUAUGCUGCCAAAGAUCAUGUCUCGAAGUAGAAUAAUCGCCCAUCUUCAUCGCCAACACUGGAUUCGACUAAGUCGAACGCUACCCCGACUCCUCGAUCUA